AUGUAUGGCAGUCAUGAUCUCCCAGAGGUACCUCGGUCCGAACCUGUUUUCCCUCCCUCGUCGCAGGAGAUCCCUUCCUCUCCACCGUCUAUAGCAGCAUCCGAUGCUGGAGUCCGUCGCAAGCCAAAGAAACCUCCUCCGGUUACUCCUCGAUCCUUUCGACGAUUCUUCACGCCUCGUUCCUUGCUCAAUGGUGGAAAUAGUGCCGGGCCCGUCAGGACCAACCGCCAGGCCUUGAAGGCUCUCAGCUCCCCGGCUGUGAAUCGCCUAGGGCCGGCAUUUACGAGAACAUUGAAGGCAGUUGGCACGAGACCUGAUCCUUCGGGUCUUUUGCGAACCCCGAGUAGGAAGAGAAAGCUUUCGUUUUCUUCCAUUGGCUCCCCUUUACAGUCCUCGCCCCUACGAAAAAUCCGCGUUCGAACGCCAGAUCAAGACGCCGACGAGCUAGACGCCCCAGUCCGCGAUAUCGAAGUCGAUUUGAAGAUUCCGAGCAGCCCCAUCAAGCCCCUUACCGUGGCCCGGCCAUCUCGCCAAAUUGCACCAGUUCGACGGUCGAGAGCGCUGCAGACAUCUGGAGGGCUGUUCAUGCGAAAUGUGUUAGGUUCAAGGGCAAACCGGGUGACCAUGCGUGCGAACUCCGGCGCUAGCUGGCAAGAUCUUACAUCAUCAUUUUAUUCUCGACCAUCGGACAGUCAUACUUGCUCCGGCUCAACUGGCGACCGCCUUGCUCUUCCGUUCUGCACGGCGUCGUGCAAUACCAAUACGCUGGUUGCAGUAGGCGAUGAAGAGGGUGGUAUUCGAUUGCUGGACUCCGCAAAAGACGAUAAAAAUGGGUUCUCCAAGGCUUAUCUUUCGUUUCGUCCUCACAUGAACGCAAUUAUGGAUCUUGAAUUUUCAUCCGACGAUAUGCUGUUAGCAACAGCCUCAGGAGAUCAAACAGCAGUCGUCAUUGACAUGGCUACGCAGAAGCCGAUCUAUUGUUUGGCUAACCAUACUUCUUCCGUCAAACGGGUGCAGUUCCAACCAGCGGCCAAUAAUAAAGUCCUGGCAACAUGCAGUCGCGAUGGCAAUGUCAACAUCUGGGACCUUCGAUGCAAGGGUUUUGAGAAACCUGCCUGGCAGGCUCGGUGCUCUCUCGAAUCGGAGUCCGACUAUCCUAGUGCGCCCACCGCUUCCAAAAUGACAUAUCCCCAGGUUUUGAACACGAUACAUGGCGCCCACGCUUGGAUGCCUCAAGUGUUCACUGCGGAUAAGUCAGAACCUCAGAUUGGGCGCUCGGAUAUAACUGUAACCUCCUUGGCUUUUCUUCCUCCGGGUCGGGAGAAUCUGUUCGUCACUGCAUCCGAAGCAAGUGCGUGCGUUAGAUUAUGGGAUCUUCGCACGGCACAUAACAACCGUCGUGGCCGGCCUGUCCUUCCUCUUUCUACCACUCGAGAACCGGAUAGCCACAUCAAAUAUCGGCGGUUUGGACUUACCUCUAUGACCCUGGGCGGUGAUGGCUCUAGACUCUACACCUUAUGUCGAGAUGGCACGGUGUACGCCUACUCGACCUCCCAUUUAAUCCUUGGCCAUGCUCCUGAACUUUCGUUGAACAAUGACCGCCCUCGUCGCUCCGGAGGAUCUGACAAAGAAGGUCUCGGGCCUUUGUAUGGGUUUCGCCACCCUCGUUUACAAGUCGCUUCCUUUUACGUUAAGGCCGGUGUCCGAAAAGCCACGGCGGAUAAGCCUGAGAUGCUGGCAGUUGGAAGCACCGAUCAAUGUGCCGUCUUGUUUCCGACCGACGAGCGCUUCCUCCAUUCCUCAGCCCAGAGACAAACUAUCGACGAGAGGGAGCCACCCCUUCCGUCGUUCCCUUCUACUCGCUCUGGUUUGCGCCGUACGAACUCUGGGAUUGGCUUGUCUGGGCGAUUGGAGGAUACAGUCCCAAUCUACCAGUCUGGAACACCUUUAGUCGAAGGGCACAAGAAAGAAGUGUCGGCGGUCUCAUGGACAGUAGAUGGUGAACUCGUUACAGUCAGCGAUGAUUAUAGCGCUAGGUGCUGGCGCGAGGGACCUGAUGCUAGAGACCUUCGAGUUGGUGGUGAAGCUGAUGGCAGAAGAUGGCGCUGCGGCUGGGCUGAGACGAAAAACUCAUACGAUGAUGAAGAUGAAUGA